AUGUGCAGCCGACUUCAGAAGUCACAACUUGGUAAGCCCUUCGCAGCUGCUGUCAACAGGACUGAUAAAUCAAGGCAACCACGCCCCUGGGCAAGCGUGCAGAAGGCCGUACCUUCUAGCAUCCCAGAAUACCAUAUUGUGCCUGAUUUGAAUGAACUGGACAGACAGUGGCGCUGGGCACAACCCGAUCUUCUGGAAAAAUACAAGCAUGAGGUCCGAACCCUCGCAAACGAUCCCAACAUUUGCCACGCCGGAGAAUCGAUCUCGAAACCUCGCCGAGUCACUCAGACAGAGGUAGUAGCCAGCGCCGUUAGCAUCAUCUAUGCCCGAUUUCCGAAGCUCGCGAACAGCCGAGUAAAUCCACCGUUGCCCAGGAAGCCAAAGCGGCCUCGUGCACUGUCUGAGAUUGACGUAUCGACUUGCUUUGCGGCCGUUCCCGAAACCCAAGGGCAGCCUAAGAGAUCGAAGAAGCGGCAGGCUUUAGAGGUUCUGGCUGACGAAGACCCCUCGAGUCCACCAUCUGUCAUUCCACCCACUAAGAGACACCGUGCCGACAGCGAAAAGGAGAAUGACCUUGGGGAGGUUCCUGCACAACCCACCCAGGAGACUUUUCCAUACGGUCUGGAUAUGCCAAUGCAGAAGAACCUGCUAACACCCAUGAAUGUGUCCAGAAAGCAGGUGUCCAAAGAAGACGAUGGCCCUGCUCCGCCGCCCGCAAAGAAAGUAAAGCUCGCGAUGAGGAACGCUGCACCCACGCGACCAGGCUUACAAGCUGUGUCAAACAUGAAAAGCUCAGACCCCCAAAAUGUUCACAGCACAUCGAGACUCCCAAGUCCAGACACUCAGAACGAGCAAGCGACGAGCGUAUUCAUGAUUGAGGAGUCGACUCACCCGUUGCCACAGGACUCGUUUUCGGAUGAAUCGUCGUUGUUCGAAGAGAUGAUGAGUCAGGAGGCUGCACGCAUGAACAUUGGAGGCUCAGCCAGGGAUUCAAACGCAACAAGAUACGAAACAGGCAAGCCGAUUAUGCCAACACCUCUUCACUCGGCUAGUUUGCCGUCAUCCUGGGAUUGCCGGCCGUCGGCGCGUAGCUCACUCGCAACCGCCGACAUGACAGAUAUCGCUUCCUCGACUACCGCGCCUCGAAGUCUGAUCAUACCCUUCAUUCGUGGCAUUCCCCCGUCUAUGGAUGCACCCAAUCACCUCAUUCCCAACAUCCAGUCAGAGAACCGCAUUGUCACCUGCUUCCGUGUGGCAGAAGCGCUGAAACUUCGCUCAAACGCAGCUUCUACUCCACUUUCCAUUGACUGUAAUGGAAACAAGUUUUCUAGUGUGACAGUCGAGCUGUACGCUCGUAUCAAGCUCACGUACCGCUCAGAAACUACGCAAGUGUUCGUGUUUGAAGACAUCUUCUUCCCCAACAAGCCUCCUUACUUACGCGGGGUCCACCAGUCAUGGCAGCAGUGCAAAACCGAUGCUGCAUCUAUUCUCGGCGAGAAUGUACUGCAGGACGCGGAAGGAGGUCAUUUAUGCAGAGCUAUCGUUCGUCUCAACACCAGUGUGCCACGGAAUCUGAAUGAAAUGAUUGAAGGAUGUGUACUGAGCGUGCGUGCAGCUGACUGGGGCGAGAUCAAACAUGUGAGAGGAAUUGUGGAUCCGAAAUGUCUGAAUGUAUCGAUAUCUUCUUAA